GCUUACGCUGGAAUCUCGCGGUCAACUGUCUCGAUAGCCGACAGUUGCCUGUUCACUCGAUGGCUCCUCUCAACCAAACCCAGAUGACACCGGCUUCGCAGGACCCGUCAGCGCCGCCAAGGGGAGGUGGCGGCUCGGCCAUCAUCGCCGGGCUCCUGGUCCCGCACGCCGUCUGCACCAUCUUUAUAGCCACGCGGGCGUGGUCGCGGCUGCGGGUGCUGCACAAGUGGUUCCUCGAUGACACACUCAUCGUUGCCGCCUGGGUCUUCUCGACCGCCGUCUGCGUCGUCUACACCAUCGCCGCCGAGCUGCCCAGCAUCGCGCAGUCCAUGGUGCUCACGGCCAGCAGGGACGCGGGCCCGCUGGGCGACGAGGACGUCCGGCCGUACCUGCUGCGGACGUACCUCGGCCUCAUCUUCUACCAGAUGUGCCUUUGUCUCACCAAGCUCUCCAUCCUGAGCUUCUACCUGCGCAUGUUCAGCUCGCGGCCGCUCGAGCGCCGGCUCGCCUGGGCGACCGUCUGCCUCGUCCUCGCCUUCGGCCUGCCCCUGCUCGCCAUGAGCAUCUUCCAGUGCCACCCGGUCACGGGCGAGUUCUUUGGCAGCCGCGGCGGCGGCGGCGGCGGCGGCGGCGGGCCGCUGCUGUGCUUCUCCUUCACGCCGCUCCUCAUCGCCAGCGCGAGCCUGCACACCGUCACCGACGCCUGGCUGAUAGUGCUGGUAGUGCCCUGCGUCUGGACGCUGGAGCUGCCGCCGCGCCAGAGGGCGGCGCUCGGCGUCGUGCUCUCGCUCGGCGUCUUCGUCAUGGCCGCCAGCCUGACGCGCCUGCAGCUCUCGCUGCACGCCAACCUCCGGCCCAGCGGCUCCGGCGUCCAGGCCACCGACGCGCUGGCCUUCUUCGUAAUGACCAUCCUCGAGUGCGACGUCGCGCUCAUCUGCGCCUGCGCCCCGACCCUGCGCCCGCUGCUGGCCAGGUUGUGGCCCCGCUCCAGCAUGGGCGAGGACCCGGCCAAGCGGCGGACGUCGGGGCGGACAGGCGGUGGCGGCGGCGGCGGGCGACGUCUCGCACGGCGUCGCACCCACAGCGCGAACCUGACGAGCAUUAUCAGCCACCAAGGAGUCUAUCCCUGGGCGGCCAAGAGCGAAGCAGACAGCGCAUCUAGCAAGCAGAGACACCAGCAGAACCAGGCAACACUUCAGCAGGCUCGGAUCCCAGUGCCGCCGGCGCCGACCCACUCAGUCGCUUACCGGACGCCGACGACGCUGAGCCUGAAGAGCCUCAUGAGCGUUGUCUCCCCCCGGAGCCGAAGCGCGACGGUGACGGACCGCGCCGAGGACCGGGCGGUCCUACUCCGGGACGGAGACUCCAUGGAGCGGCGCAGGCGAAGCUCCGCAGGGAGCCACGGGCACGAGAGGACAAGAGCGGACAACACCGGCAAGGGCAACCGCAACAGCAACGGCGCCGGCGCCGGGGAGUGGUCGCACAGCCAGGAGAGCUUCGUGCUGGGGAUGAACGACCCUGCCAGCCCGCACAGGCUGAGCCCCGUCUCGGGCUUCAGCGGUCCGACGCUGGCGGACGCCGACAGCCAAUCGAGCGGCGAUGAGGGUGCUGGGUUGGAGAUGGGGAGACAGACGAGGGCAAGGACGAGGACGUCCUAGUCUAGAGGGCGAGUCUGUG